AUGACAAAAAUCCUGUUAGCUUGCAGCGCUGUUAAAUCCCUGAGACAAGGAUGUGUAGUUGGCAGAAGAGUCGGCAACUCGUCCGCCUGGCUGAGGCUUCAAACUACUAAAUGUUUUAGUGUCAAGGCCCAGACAGCCCACCUGGUCUUGGAGGAUGGCACCAGGAUGAAAGGGUUUUCCUUUGGCCAUGAUGGCUCUAUAGCUGGUGAACUGGUCUUCAAUACUGGCUUGGUGGGAUAUCCUGAGGCUCUGACUGACCCUAGCUACAGGGGUCAAAUCCUGACCCUUACCUACCCUAUUGUAGGGAACUACGGGGUACCCAACACCCAAAAGCUGGACGAGCUGGGCUUGAGAAAAUAUGUGGAGUCCGAGCGCAUCCAGGUAUCUGGUCUUCUGGUUCAAGACUACAGUCACGAAUACAGCCACUGGAACUCUGUCAAGUCUCUGGGUCAAUGGCUUCAAGAAGAGAAGGUUCCUGCACUGUUUGGGAUAGACACCAGAAUGCUGACCAAGGUCAUCAGAGACAAGGGCACAGUUUUGGGAAAGAUUGAAUUUGAUGGUCAGCCAGUUGACAUAUCUGACCCCAACCAGAAAAACCUGGUAGCAGAGGUGUCAACAAAGGAAACCAAAGUAUUUGGGAAAGGAAACCCAAUCAAAGUGGUGGCAGUUGAUUGUGGUAUUAAACAUAACAUCAUUCGUCUACUGGUUAAGCGGGGUGCGGAGGUUCACUUGGUACCAUGGGACCAGGACUUGCUGAGUCUUGAGUAUGACGGCCUGUUCAUCUCCAAUGGACCAGGUGAUCCGUCUCUGGCCAAGACACUCGUCCACAAUGUCCGCAAGGUGCUGGAGAGUGAUCGUCCCCAGCCAGUGUUUGGGAUCUGUAUGGGCAACCAGAUUACUGCUCUUGCUGCUGGGGCUAAGUCAUACAAACUUCCCAUGGGAAACAGGGGCCAGAACCAGCCAGUGCUGAAUGUGAUGACUGGCCAGGCCUUCAUUACAGCGCAGAACCAUGGCUACGGCAUAGACAGCGAGUCCCUGCCCCCAGGAUGGAGCCCGCUUUUUAUUAAUGCCAAUGAUGGCACCAACGAGGGCAUUAUGCACAACACUAAGCCUGUUUUCACAGCCCAGUUCCACCCUGAGGCCAAAGGCGGUCCCACAGACACAGAGUUCCUCUUUGAUGCCUUCUUAUCCCUGAUCAAGAAAGGAAAAAAUGCCAACAUAGUAUCAGUCAUGCCUAAGAAACCUAAUAUCCCUCCCAGAGCUCAGGUGUCAAAGGUGCUGGUACUAGGUUCUGGUGGUCUGUCUAUUGGUCAGGCUGGAGAAUUUGACUACUCUGGAUCUCAGGCAGUCAAGGCCAUGAAGGAGGAGAACCUGAAGACGGUGCUCAUGAACCCAAACAUUGCCUCGGUUCAGACCAACGAGGUAGGCACCAAGCAGGCCGACUCUGUCUACUUCCUUCCCGUCACGCCAGAAUUUGUCACUGAAGUCAUCAAGGUCGAGCGUCCGGAUGGCAUCCUACUGUCCAUGGGUGGACAGACUGCCCUCAACUGCGGAGUUGAAUUAUUCCAGCGAGGCAUCCUGGAGCAGUAUGGGGUGAAAGUUCUUGGAACCCCAGUGGAGUCCAUCAUGGCCACAGAGGACAGACAGAUUUUUGCUGACAAACUGAUGGAGAUUAACGAGAAGAUCGCACCGAGUAUCGCUGUGGAGUCGGUAUCUGAUGCCUUGAACGCUGCAGAGAAGAUUGGCUAUCCAGUGAUGUUACGAUCAGCCUAUGCUCUUGGAGGUCUGGGCUCUGGUCUGUGUGCCAACAAAGAAAAGCUGGAGGAAACUGCCAACAAGGCUCUGGCCAUGAGCAGUCAGAUCCUGGUGGAGAAGUCCCUGCUGGGCUGGAAGGAGGUGGAAUACGAGGUGGUGAGAGACGUGGCUGAUAAUUGUGUCACCGUCUGCAACAUGGAAAACUUCGACCCACUGGGCAUUCACACAGGUGACUCCAUAGUGGUGGCACCGAGCCAGACAUUGUCCAAUGAGGAGUACCACAUGCUCCGUGAGACGGCCAUCAAAGUGGUUCGUCAUCUUGGCAUUGUAGGCGAAUGUAACAUUCAGUAUGCUCUACACCCCUCAUCCCUGGAGUAUUGUAUCAUCGAGGUUAAUGCCCGUCUAUCAAGAAGCUCUGCUUUAGCGUCCAAAGCCACUGGGUACCCCUUGGCAUUUGUAGCGGCUAAAUUGGCACUGGGGAUCCCCUUGCCAGAGAUCAAGAACGCUGUCUCAGAGAAGACCACAGCCUGUUUUGAGCCCAGUCUAGACUACAUCGUCACCAAGAUCCCCCGCUGGGACCUGGACCGCUUUCAGGGCAUGUCUCUUGAAAUCGGCAGUGCCAUGAAGAGUGUCGGAGAGGUGAUGGCAGUGGGCCGGACCUUUGAGGAGAGUGUGCAGAAAGCCCUGAGGAUGUGUCAUCCAUCAGUAGAUGGCUUUGUGCCCCGGCUUCCACUCAAAAAAGCCUGGGCCAACACCCACAACCUGCAACAAGAGCUGGCUGUGCCCUCUAGCACCCGCAUCUUUUCCCUCGCCAAGGCCCUCCACGGUGGCAUGAGUGUGGAUCAAAUCCACCUGCUGACAGCCAUAGACAAGUGGUUCCUCCACAAGCUGAACAGGAUUACUGAGCUGGAGAAGCACCUGGCACAGUACAAGAGUGGUACAGUACCCGAGGGGCUGCUGCUGAAGGCGAAGCAGGAUGGCUUCUCAGACCGGCAAGUUGGCCAGAUUCUAGGCUCCAAUGAGAGUGCAGCAAGGGAGCUGAGGCUGACUCGUGGCAUCAAACCCUGGGUCAAACAGAUUGAUACUUUGGCUGCAGAGUAUCCAGCCAUGACCAACUACCUGUACUGUACCUAUCAUGGGCAGGAGCAUGAUCUGGACUUUAAAGACCAGGGAAUUAUGGUCCUUGGUUGUGGGCCCUACCACAUUGGGAGCAGUGUUGAGUUUGACUGGUGUGCCGUGUCCAGCAUCAGAACCUUGAGACAGAUGGGCAAGAAGACAGUAGUGGUCAACCACAACCCUGAGACAGUCAGCACUGACUUUGAUGAGUGUGACCGCCUUUACUUUGAAGAGCUGACCCUGGAGCGUGUCCUGGACAUCACCCAUCAAGAGGGUUGCUCUGGCAGCAUUGUAUCUGUGGGAGGCCAGAUCCCUAAUAACCUUGCUGUCCCAUUGCACCAGAGUGGGAUGAAGAUACUGGGAACAAGCCCUCUGCAGAUUGACCGGGCUGAGGAGCGCUCUGUCUUCUCUCGUAUCCUAGAUGACCUCGGAGUGGCCCAAGCCCCAUGGAGGGCCCUCAACUCUCUGGAUGAUGCCUUUUCCUUUGCCAACCAGGUGGGCUAUCCCUGUCUACUCCGCCCCUCAUAUGUUCUCAGUGGCUCUGCAAUGAAUGUUGCAUACGGUGAAGACGAGAUGAAACGCUUCUUGGAGGAGGCCACCCAGGUGUCCCAGGAGCAUCCAGUGGUCAUCACCAAGUUCAUCCGCGGUGCCAGGGAGGUUGAGGUUGACGCUGUGGCCAAAAAUGGCAAGGUUCUGGUCCAUGCAAUAACAGAGCAUGUGGAGGAUGCUGGGGUGCACUCAGGAGACGCCACUCUAAUGCUGCCAACCCAGACUAUUAGCCAGGGUUCGCUAGAAAAGGUUAAGAUUGCCACCCGGAAAAUAGCGCAGGCAUUUGAGAUUUCCGGGCCUUUUAACACUCAGUUUCUGGUUAAAGGCAAUGAUGUCAUGGUGAUAGAGUGUAAUCUGCGGGCUUCACGCUCCUUCCCUUUUGUGUCAAAAACAAUCGGUGUGGACUUUAUCAAUGUGGCAACCAAAGUGAUGGUGGGAGAGCCUCUGGAUGAGGCCAGCCUGCCCUCACUGGAGAAACCCAUCAUUCCAAUUGACUACGUGGGCAUCAAGGCACCAAUGUUCUCAUGGCCCCGGCUGAGGGAUGCAGAUCCUGUGCUUCGCUGUGAGAUGGCUUCCACUGGAGAAGUAGCUUGUUUUGGACCAAACAUUUAUUCAGCCUUCCUGAAGGCUAUGCUCUCCACAGGCUUUAAGCUGCCGCAGAAGGGCAUCCUGAUUGGGAUUCAGCAUUCAUUCCGACCCAAUUUCCUGGCUACAGCCCACCAGCUGAAAGAGGAAGGCUUCAAGCUCUAUGCCACUGAAGCCACCUCAGCUUGGCUUUGUGCCAAUGAUGUGCCUGCUACUCCAGUAGCCUGGCUCACUGAGAAGGAAGGACACAGCAGCUUGCCCAGUAUUAAAAGAUUGAUCAACGAGGGUCAUAUUGACCUGGUAGUCAACUUGCCCAAUAACAAUACACGCCACCUAAAGGAUAACUUCCUUAUCCGCAGAAUGGCUGUCGACCACGGUGUUCCCCUCAUCACUAAUUACCAGGUGGUAAAGCUGUUUGCAGAGGCAAUUCGCUAUGCAGGUGAACUUGACACUACCAGCCUCUUCCACUACCGGCAGAAAGAAAGCCAACAAAGAGGUGCUGGCCAGCAGGUCUAG